AUUGUAUAUAAUACUAUCUUGUAAUACAAAUAUACGAUUAAAAAAAUAUCGAUAACGUUCAAGUUCUUAUACUCAAUAUUGUAUUAAAAGAUAAGGAAAGUACAAAAUUUUCUAUACAAAUUUGUUUCAGUAAACUAAAAUAUUAUAAUAUUAACUUAUACGCAUUGAUUUUAUACGUAUAAACGUUUAAAUAUAAAAUUGUUACAAAAAAACUGCGUCGAUCUUCUUUUCAUAUAUAGUACAUAGGUGUUUCCCCGAUCGAUUUUUACAUUCUUUGAUUGUACGUGCAGUAUCACGUGAUAUGUGGAAACCAGUUUUUCUUUUAUAUUUACGUUUUAUCUGAUAAUGCAUGUGUUUUCUUUAUCCACAUAUGUAGCACAUAUAGCCGAAUGAGAUUUAUGAGGAAAUAUAAACGUUUAAUUAAAUUCUUUACAUAAAAAUCUUUACGCAUGUAAACCAGCAAAAUAUGAUUAUGUUGAAGAUGUGGUAUGCAAGGAAACGGAUAUCAAAGAAAAUGAGAUGAAAUUAGUACCACUUGGAGAAAGUGGAGGAAAGGUAUUAUUAGUUAAACAAAAAGGAGAGCUACAUGCUAUUGGUACAAAAUGUACCCAUUAUGGAGCUUUGCUUCACACAGGAGCAUUGGGAGAUGGAAGAAUAAGGUGUCCAUGGCAUGGUGCCUGUUUUAAUAUUAAAACAGGAGAUAUAGAAGACUAUCCAGGAUUGGAUUCUUUGCCUUGUUAUCAGGUGAAUGUAGAUGAUAGUGGACUUGUACGUGUAAAAGCAAGACGUAAAGACUUGGAACUCAAUAGACGUGUAAAAAAGAUGUGUGAACAAGAUUCUAAUAAUCAAACUACCGUUGUAAUUGUCGGAGGUGGACCCGCAGCGGCAACUUGUGCCGAAAGCUUACGCCAAGAAGAUUUUACGGGAAAUAUUAUUAUGAUUUGUAAAGAAAAUACAGUUCCUUAUGACAGAGUGAAGGUAUCCAAAGUUUUGGAUUUUGAUGUUGAAAAAGCAGCUUUAAGACCACGAUCAUUUUAUAAUGAUCACAACAUUCAAAUAAAACUGGGCAUAGAGGCCACAGGGCUAAACACAAAUGAAAGCAUUGUUCAUUUGAGUAAUAAUGAGAAAUUAACAUAUAAUUAUUUAUUCGUUUGUACUGGAAGUAAGCCUAGGUUACCUGAUACACCUGGUGUUAAUUUAUCCAACAUUUAUGUGUUGAGAAAUUUCACGGAUUCUCAGGCUGUACAUUCCAAGCUGUUGCCUGAUAAACAUGUUGUGAUACUUGGAUUAGGCUUCAUUGGUAUGGAAGCUGCUGCUUACUGUAUAGAUAAAUGUGCGUCAGUUACCAUUCUAGGAAGAAGCACAAUACCUUUAGAGCCAAUUUUUGGAUCAGAGAUUGGCAACAGAAUUAAACAAGAAUUUGAGAAUAAAGGUGUUAAAUUUAUAUUUAAUAGCAACAUCGAACGAUUUGUUGCGAAAGAGAAAGCAGCAGAUACUGUAGGUACAGCGAUUCUUACCGAUGGCACUGCCCUUCCUGCCGAUGUAGUCAUCAUUGGAAUUGGUUCUACAUUUUAUACAGAUUGGAUAAAAGAUUCUUCUGUUGAAAUGUUACAAGAUGGAAGCAUAAAAGUAGAUAAGUAUUUAAAAACAAACGUGGAAAACAUAUAUGCUGGUGGUGACAUAGCGUAUGCACCAUUAUUUGGUUCGGAUGAUUAUUUAGCAGCAAUAGGUCAUUAUUCAUUGGCACAUUAUCAUGGAAAAAUAGCAGCAUUAAAUAUAUGUGGUAAAAAUACAGUAUUAAAUGCCGUACCAUUUUUCUGGACAACGCUUUUCGGGAAAAGUUACAGAUACGCAGGAUAUGGAAAGCCUGAUAAAAUCAAAAUUUAUGGUUCUCUGGAGAAUUUGGAAUUUUUUGCAUAUUACAUUAAGGAUAAUAAGAUUAUCGCAAUGAGUAGUACUGGAGCAGAUCCUAUUGUAGCAUAUUUUGCAAAUUUGCUUCAUGAAGGAAAGUCGUUGACGGAAGGUGAAAUUAUGAAAAAUCCACUUAGUUGGAUCAAAAACAAACCAAAAGAUCUGUUAAAUCGUUUUCAAAUUGAAUCUACAACAAGUCUACAAGUUGAAAGUGUUUAA